GACUAUUCCGACGGCAAGGAACUGGUAGUGUUCCUCAUAGAUGCAGGGCCGGAUAUGUUCCUGCCUUACCACAGCGAUGAGGAAGAGGUUAAGGCAGGAGCUAGCUUAGGUACUCAAACCAGUGCGGCCAGCUCAGAGAGGCAGAGAGGAGGGGAGGAGGGCACGGGAGGUGCCGGCGAGAGGACGUAUUUCGAGGAGGUGGUGCGAGCGCUGGUGGGCGACCUGAAGACAAGAAUCAUUUCCCGGGAGAGCGACCUCGUCUCGAUUGCUUUCUUCAACACGCGCACGAAGCAAAAUGUACAAUCGGCAGAGGGCGUGUUUGUGUUUCAGGACAACCAGCAGACGUCAGCACAGCUCAUCAGAGACUUUUCCAACCUUCCAGAGACAUUUGAGAAAGAUAUUGGGUCGGGAAACUGGUUGAGGGGGAAGGUGAAGCCCCACGACAACCCAAUCUCAAAUGCCCUGUGGGUCGUGCAAGGGCUUCUGCGCACUGGCUCCACGUCACAGGAGGUGCUGAAGAACGUGCUGCUCUUUACCAAUGACGAUGACCCCUUUGGAGCGAUCACCAACGAGGGAGUGCGGAGCGACAUGCGGCGCACCACCAUACAGAAGGCCAAGGAUGCACGGGGACUGGGCAUUCAGAUUGACCUCUUUCCUCUCAGCCGCCCGGGGGAGAAGUUCAACUCCAACAUCUUCUAUGCGGACAUGCAAGGUGUUGAUGAUUCACAGCGAGUGGGCUUCCAACCAGAGGAGCACAGGCUGAGCGACCUGCAGCAGCGGCUGCGCAAGAAGGUGUAUCGGCGGCGCAUGGUGAAGCGAAUCAUGUUCGGCGUGCUGCCUCACCUCCACAUCGCCCUCUCCUCCUAUGCUCUCAUCCGCCCUGCCAAGAUCCAGAAGCAAGUGUAUGUGAGGGCGGUGGACAAUCGCACUGUGAAGGUGGAGACAGCCCUGGUGUGUCAGGACACGGGGGCAGUUCUCCACGGCCCGCUGCCGCGUUACCAGCCCAUUCCAGGCGGCACGCGCAUCAUCAUGGCAAAGGCGGAGGUGGACCAGGUGAAGGCGGUGUCCCCCCACGACCUGCUGUUGCUGGGCUUUAAGCCGCUCCACUGCCUCAAAGACUACCACAACCUGCAGCCGUCCACCUUCCUCUUCCCAGACGAGGAGACCCUCUCUGGCAGCACGGCUGCAUUCAUUGCCCUGCACAACGCAAUGCUGGACGCAAACAGCUUUGCACUGGCAUGUUGGGCCAAGAUCGGCUUGCCACGUCUUGUCGCCAUUGUUCCCCAGCAAGAGAAGGUGGACGAGAGUGGCACGGAGGUGCAGCCGGCAGGGUGGCACAUGAUUCCUCUGCCCUUUUAUGAUGACCUCCGACCAGCCGAGAAGGUGAGAGCAGCUGAGCAGGUGACUUCUGAGAGGGAAUGCUCCUUUCUUGUGCUAUCUGCAGCAGGUGCAGCCGGCAGGGUGGCACAUGAUUCCUCUGCCCUUUUAUGA